AAAGAGGAAAUACUAAAACUUAGCACGGUGGACCGCUCCACGGGACGUGUGUGUCGAUGGACUGUUUCCACGUAUCUCACCACCGACAUCCGAGGAAAAUGACUGUUGCUCUGCAGCUUGAAAAAUGAGCAGGCGGACUUGCUGGGUUUGCAGGAUGUGUGGAGACGCAUCGACGAGGCCCCCUUCCAACCUCAGUCUGGAGGAGGUGCUGCAGUGGGCCCAGUCUUUUGAAAAGCUGAUGGCUACAAAAUAUGGCCCGGCGGUCUACGGCUCAUACCUGAAGGCGGAGCGCAGCGACGAGAACAUGCAGUUCUGGAUGGCCUGCGAGAGCUACAAGAAAAUCGCCUCGCGAUGGAGCAGAGUCUCUCGGGCGAAGAAGCUGUAUAAGAUUUACAUCCAGCCGCAGUCCCCUAGAGAGAUUAACAUUGACAGUUCGACGAGAGAAAACAUCAUCAGGAACAUUCGAGAACCCACCGCAGCGUGUUUUGAAGAGGCGCAAAAAAUUGUGUACAUGCACAUGGAGAGAGACUCGUACCCCCGGUUCCUAAAGUCGGACAUGUACCAGAGGCUUCUGAAGACGGCGCAGUCCCAGGACCGCUCCUGA